GAUUCUAACAUUAUUUUAGACAUUAAACGUGGGCAUAUUUAAUGUAGCGAACCAGUUUUAAUUUGAAAUCACCGGAUGUGGUUAUGACUGUGACUUGAUUGCUUUUAGUUGCCUGGAAUUUUGGCCUUGAAAGUGUGUGAGAUUGUGGAUGGCAGCAAGGGGAUUAAAUUGUAUUUAGUUGUUUCUAUUGCUCGACUUUAACAUAUAUACGGCGCAGUGCAUCCUUCAGGACACACGAGCGCGCAGAGCUGUUUGUAUUAAUCGACUGUGGAGAGUCCAGAUGGCGGCUGUGAGCAGCAUGAGCAGAAUUUAUGGACUCUGUUUCCAUGCUGUCCGUCAGACGGCAGGACUGAAGGCAUCAAGGCUCCUUCAACAUAGAGCCUUCAGAGUCAGUACCACACACCAGCAGCAGCCCUUUGACUCAUCACUGGAAAAGCCACAGUUCCCUGGAGCCUCAGCAGAGUUUGUGGAUCAACUUGAGUUCAUUCAGCCCAAUGUUAUUUCUGGGAUCCCAGUGUACCGAGUCAUGGACAGGCAGGGCAAUAUUAUCAACCCCUCUCAAGACCCUCAGCUUUCCAAGGAGACUGUUUUGAAUUUUUAUCAGAAGAUGACACUGCUGAACACAAUGGAUCGCAUUCUUUAUGAAUCUCAGAGACAAGGUCGUAUUUCCUUCUAUAUGACUAAUUAUGGUGAGGAGGGGACACAUAUUGGCAGCGCUGCUGCUCUUGAGCUAAGUGACAUGGUUUUUGGGCAGUACAGAGAAGCUGGAGUGCUGAUGUACCGUGGUUUUCCUCUUGAUUUCUUUAUGGCUCAGUGUUAUGCCAACGCUGACGACCUCGGGAAGGGACGGCAGAUGCCUGUCCACUAUGGCUCUAGAGACUUGAAUUUUGUCACCAUCUCUUCCCCUCUGGCCACACAGAUUCCUCAGGCGGCCGGAGCUGCAUACGCAUUCAAGAGAGAAAACAUGAAUCGUGCUGUAAUCUGUUACUUCGGAGAGGGGGCGGCAAGUGAAGGGGAUGCACACGCUGGUUUCAAUUUCUCAGCCACCCUUGAGUGCCCACUCAUCUUCUUCUGUCGUAACAAUGGCUAUGCUAUCUCCACCCCCACCAAUGAACAGUACAGGGGAGACGGCAUUGCUGCUCGUGGUCCGGGUUAUGGCAUGCUGUCCAUCCGUGUUGAUGGUAAUGAUGUGUUUGCUGUGUACAACGCCACAAAGGAAGCGAGGCGCAGGGCCGUGGCUGAAAACCAGCCCUUCCUUAUUGAGGCAAUGACCUACAGAAUUGGUCACCACAGCACCAGCGACGACAGCUCAGCCUACCGUUCAGUGGAUGAAGUGAACUACUGGGACAAGCAGGAUCAUCCCAUCUCCAGGUUGAGGCAUUACAUGACGGCACGCAGCUGGUGGAGCGAAGAUGACGAGCGGAGCUGGCGGAAGCAAUCCCGUAAGACUGUGAUGGAGGCGUUUGAGAGGGCGGAGAGGCGCCUAAAACCCAACCCCGAACUGCUGUUCACUGACGUGUACAACGAGAUGACCCCCAACCUGAACAAGCAGAGGGAAUCCCUGUGGAGGCACGUGCAGCAGUACAAAGAGCACUACCCUCUCGACCUGUAUGAUAAAUAACUCCACUGCUCCACGAAUAAGUCGGACAAGUUGUGAUUUAGUGAACAAAAAUGGGUGUGGGCGAGGACUGAGAUUACCUGAGUUACCACUUAUAAUGUAUUCAUGAAAUGGAGUUUAAAUGUGUUGUUUCAUUCUGCACAAAACAUUUCAAUAAGCUUCAUUUCUCUGGGGUUCUUGUGCCUUAAGUUAAAAGCAGAUACCAUGUUCAUGCUUUUCUAAUUCCUCCAGGGGAUAUGAGCAACAAACUGAGCAGCAGAAACUGACGGUUCAACCUACUCUUUCUUCUUUUUCCUGUCCUGGUCCUCUUCUGUGGUUCUGGUGUUUUCUUUGUGUAUUGUUGAGGUGAUUAAUGUUACCUUUGCAAUUUUAAUGCUUCCUAGUAUACAGCACAAACUUAAACUUUAGAUGGUCUGGUUUGCUGAAAUGUUGUUACACUAUUCUGACUCCCAGAACUGUACUUCUGUACAGCUCACUUGUAUUGAAAUAAACAGUAGAUCAU